AGGCGCGCCAUGGCGCCGCUGCGCCGCCUGUCCUGGCUGCUGGCGCCGCUGCUCCCCGCGGCCUCCGCUCUCCUCGACGCGCUCGGGCAGACGGUGACGAGCGGGGUCGUGGUGCCCUCCGUGCCCACCUCCGCGCCGCCGGUGAGGUCCAGCUCGGCCUUCGGGGUUCUGUACCUCCGCUUCGUCGAGACCUGGGACAAUUCGAUGGACUGCGAGCUGAUGCACGACGACGGUGUCGGCGGAGGUGUCAACGCGAGCAUCAUCGUGUACCGAGGCCUCUGCUCCAACGUCGUGGAGAUCCCAAGCUUGUCGCCGUGGGCCGUCUACACAUUCCAGGUGUUCCACAUCAGGUACGCGUCGGAUGUCAACACGGGCGUGAUGUUCGAGGUCCCGGGCGUGCCGAUGGCCCUGGUGCCGCUGGCCUGCCGGACUGGCAGGAGGCCCCCAGACUUCCGCGCGCACGUCGGAGCCGGUGCUGGCACGAUCGGCGACGCCAUCGACAAGGCCAAGAAGGUCAAGGCCAAGGGGAAGGCGAAGGCCGUGGCGAAGCGGGUGCGGUUCGCCUCGGAUGGGCCUGGCGCGGCCAAGCAGGCGGCCGCGGAGAAGCCCAGCAGCGGCGGCGGCAAGGACGAGGAGGUCCGCCUGGCCCUCCUCCGUCACUUUGGCCCCAGGGAGGGCUGGUCGGCGGCCCUGGUCCAGGACUUCGGAGCCCUGGUGCCCGAGGCCGACGUGCCGCCGCCUGCGAAGCCCUUGGCCGAGCUGUCUCUCCAGGCCCUCCUGGCCAGGGAGGCGAAGGUCAAGGGCCAGGCCGGCCGUGCCGAGGCCAUGCUGGCGGCGGCCAAGGAGGAGCAGGAGGCCGCCGCGGCGCGCGUGGCGGAGCAGGAGGGCGUCCUCCAGAAGCGCCGAGACCAGCUGGAGGAGGUGGCCGAGGCGGUGCGCGCCAGGAAGCGCGCCGACCUGGCGCAGCACACAGGCCCGUCGCCCAUGGAGGUGGGCGAGCCCAAGGAGACGGGAGACCUGGACAAGGCGCUGCUCUGGAGCCUCGAGGGCCUCGAGGCCGAGCGGGAGCGGGUGCUGCAGCUCGGGGAGGACGGCGACGCCCUGCUCGCGAUGGCCGCGGAGGCCCGCUGCCUCGUGGAGAAGCUCGCUGCCGCCGACGCCCGCGCCCGCGAGGCAGCGGCGGCCGAGCGAGCCCACCGCAAGCGCGUCGGCGACCUCGGCCUGGGCCCAGAGCUCGACGGGCUCGAUGCCUUGUUCGACGAGGUCGGCAUGGAGGGCGAGCAGCAGCGGGAGGCCUGGCGCGCAGCGCUGGCCAAGCGCCAGCGAGCGGUGGACGUGGUGGAGCUGGUGUCGGCCAACGCCACCGCGUGGGGCUCCGCGCAAUCGCUGGUCGAGUGGCUGCACGACGGCGUGGGGCGGCUGCCCGAGGUGCUCUGCCUCCGGGAGCACCGCCUCAAGGGCAAGCAGGCGGUGGCCCGCGCUGCGGGCUGGAUGCAGGCGCGCGGCUUCAGCUGGCACGGCCAGGCUGCGAUGGCGACGGGCCCUGGGCCGCUGGAGAGAUCAGGAGGUGCGGCUGUGGCCGCGCUGCGGCCGUCUGCGGCAGUCGCGGCGCCAGGGCUCCCAGCCCAUCGGGUCCAGGUGUGCGAGGUGAACCUGGGAUUCAGGGAGCCGUGCUGUGUCAUCUCGUCCUACUUCGUCACGAAGAUAGGCAGGGCGAAGGAGAACAUCGGGCUCAUGGCGGCGCUGCACGAGCACGUCGGGCAGCUGGAGUCGCCGUGGCUGGUGAUGGGCGACUGGAACAUGGAGCCCGAGGACGUCCGUGAGUGGGCACGCAGCGCGGGCGCUGCCCUUGUCGUCCCAGGGGGGCCGACCUGCGGCUCGAAGGUCUUCGACUUCGCUGUCGUCAGCAAGGUCCUCACGGGCUUCGUGGAGACGGUGGAGGUGCUGCUGCAGGCGCCGACGAGGGACCACGUGCCGCUGAAGGUGGUGCUCCGUGGCGCGGGGCCAGCGGCGAGGGUGCAGCGGCCGCUGUUCCCUGCCGCCUUCCCGCUGCCGCCUCCGCCGCCAGCGAGGCCAGCGCCGCGUGAGCGUGGGUUCUCGGCCUGGAGCCCAGGAGGUGAGCAGCCGCUCAAGGUCGGCCGCCAGGAGUGGUUUGAGGCGGCGGAGGCCUACCUGAUCGACCUCCACGAAAUCGUGCCGCCCAGCCGUUGGAAAGGGCGGGCUGACGGGCUGCGCACGCAGAAGGUCAAGAUGGAGGUGGCCUGGAAGCAGGACCUCAAGAGGAGUGUUGGCGCGGCGUGCAGACGCUGGAUGUCGUUUGCGGCGGCGUGCUCCCGCUGGCGCGCGCUGCAGGAGGCGGCGCCGGGAGGUCGCUGCGCGGCGCCGCUGCGCAAGCAGCGCCAGGUGCUGGAGGCGUUCGAGCUCGAGUGGCCUGAGGACGGCCCGCUCGCAGGGCUGUCGGUCGCCCGCGUUGUUGGCCUGCUCAGCACCUCAUCGUGCAAGCUGACGGUGCAGUUCGUCCAGGAGGAGGCGAGGCGGCGCUGGAUGCAGGACAAGCAGCGAAGGGCUGCUGAGUGGCGCGCCUGGGCCCAGGCUGCUGCCGCCGAGAGGGGCGGCUCGGCGGCCCACCGCUACAUCAAGCAGGUCGCGGUGUUGCCCACGGUGGUGCACGCGGGCGCAGACGGCGACGAUGGCCCGCGCAUGCCUGUAGCAGGCGAGGCCGCGGUGGCUGCACUGCUGAAGGCGUGGCAGCCCCUCUGGAUCAAGCCGUCGCGCGCUGGCGAGGUGGCGCCUGAGGACUGGGACAUCCAGGAGUCGGUGCUGCCGCCGCUGGAGCCCGAGGCGACUGGAGGCCAGCGGCCGAUCGGCCUCACGGCCAUCUGGCUGAGGGUGCGGAGCAGGAUGCGACAGCCGCUGGUGGCCCGCUGGGAGGUGGCACGCUCCUGGGGCGCGACGCUGGAGACGGGCCUGCCCAGUGCCGCGGUGGUGCAGGAGUGCUGGCGCGGGGCGCAAUGCCUGCUGGAGCUGCGCCGCCCCUGGGGGCAGUGUCGCGACCCUGCGCAGGCGUGUGUGCUGGCGCUGAGGCGGGUCGGCUGCGAGAUGGCGGCCUUCAAUGCCGUCAUCGAUUGGCAGGCGCGGGUCUUCUCGCUGGAGUUCUUCUCGCCAGGCAUGCUGGUGCAGGUGGUGCGCACGUCGGCGCUGCUGGCCUCGGAUGCGCUCGCGCUGCAGCGGCUGCGCGGGCCUGGCGCCUGGGCAUGGCCUGCGAACUGGAAGGGGCUGGAGCGCCUCCUCCGCGUGAGCCGCCGCCUCGAGAAGCAGGUCUCCGCUGAGGCCGCCCCUGGCUCUGGCCGCCAGGGGCCCGCGCGGCCGCCGCCGCUCCGGCAGGCCCGUCACAGGCGCGCGCUCGUGGCGGCCCUCGGCGGCCCCCACUGGCCGCAGGAGCGACUCUGGAAGGAGGGCAAGGCGCUCGACGGCCGCUGCCGCCUGUGUGGAGGCAGAGGCACGCUGUGGCACAGGGCCUUCGAGUGCGACGCCUGGCAGCCGCUGCGGAGGAACGCGCGCUCGCCCGAGCUGCUGGAAGGGGCAAGGCUGGUGGCGCAGCGCGGGGAUGCCGCGGCGGAGCUCUUCGCGCGCGCGCUCUGCCCCGACCCUGCCCUUGCCUUCCCCGCGGCGGCAGACGCUGCGCUCGCGGCCCCGCGCUGGUCCGGCGCGCCGCCUGGCUCGAAGUUCGCGGGCAGGGUCUUCGUGGAUGGCAGCGCCAGGUACGGACCCGAGCAGGAGGCCAGGGGCGGCGAGGACUACGCGUUCCACAUGCUGGCCCAGUACUGGCAGGCGUCGGACGACGGCGCGGGCCUCGAGGUGUGCGCCUGGCGUGCGGAGGAGCUCGGGCGCUGGAUCGGCGAGCUGGCCGCCGCCACGGUGGACCGCGAGAAGCUGGACUCCGACGGGGUGGUAGGCACGGCCGACCUCGUCUACGACAUCCCGCAGGAGGCGCUGGACGCGGCGGAGCAGGCCGACGAGGAGGUGGCGACGGCGGCGCUCGAGGCCGAGCUCGUGCAUGGCCAGGCUCCUGCUGCUGGUGCUGGGGCUGCUGCUGGCGCGGAGCUCAGCCAGCCACCCGACGCCGCUGCCGAGGCCGCCGCCGUCGAGCUCGAGGACGCUGCGGCAGCCGCCCCCGAGCUGCAGGCAGCAGUGGCAGGAGCAGGCGUGGCGCGGGAGGUGCGAGGGCACUGCAUCGUCGUCUCACGCCUGGAGAACGGCGACGGGGCCAUGGCCUGGUGCCUGACGUGUGGCUGCCGUUUCUGGAAGAGGUCCCCUCCUGCAGGGACUGGCCUGCUGGGCAGCUGCAAGGGGCGACCUGCCCCUGGCGAGCGGGCGGCAGAGGCGAGGCGGCUCCUGAUGCGUCUCCAGGAGCCGAAGAGCAAGGCGCGGCUCCUCGCCCCGCAGGCGCCCACUGCCGAGGAGCAGGCGCGGCUCGCGGCGGUGCUCCGAGAAGGCGCUGGCGAGGCAGGCGGCGCUGGGCCCCCCGCUGGGGCUGGGCGGCCGCCGCGCUGGGGGCUGCGGCCAGCCGUGGCGGAUGUCUGGCAGGCGGCCGCGCUCCACGGCUUCGCCUCGCCCGCCGCCGCGGCGCGCUGGGCGCAGGCGCGCGUGAAGGCGGGCUGGGAGUCGCUCUUCGGCGACGGUGGCGCGGCGUGA